CCCGCUCCAGCCGCCUCACGCCUCGUCUCGCCCCGAGUCCGCGUCGCCGAGGCCGUCGCCAUGAGGGAGAUCGUCCACCUGCAGGCUGGCCAGUGCGGCAACCAGAUCGGCGCCAAGUUCUGGGAGGUGAUCAGCGACGAGCACGGGAUCGAUCCCACCGGCACUUACCAUGGCGACAGCGACCUGCAGCUGGAGCGGAUCAACGUCUACUACAACGAGGCCACAGGCGGCAAGUACGUUCCCCGAGCCGUGCUGGUGGACUUGGAGCCCGGAACGAUGGACUCGGUCCGCUCGGGGCCCUUCGGGCAGAUCUUCAGGCCGGAUAACUUCGUCUUCGGUCAGAGCGGGGCCGGGAACAACUGGGCCAAGGGCCACUACACGGAGGGGGCCGAGCUGGUGGACUCGGUGCUGGACGUGGUCCGCAAGGAGGCGGAGAGCUGCGACUGCCUGCAGGGCUUCCAGCUGACCCACUCGCUGGGCGGGGGCACGGGCUCGGGCAUGGGCACCCUGCUGAUCAGCAAGAUCCGCGAGGAGUACCCCGACCGCAUCAUGAACACUUUCAGCGUGGUGCCGUCGCCCAAGGUGUCGGACACGGUGGUGGAGCCGUACAACGCCACCCUGUCGGUCCACCAGCUGGUGGAGAACACGGACGAGACCUACUGCAUCGACAACGAGGCCCUGUACGACAUCUGCUUCCGCACCCUCAAGCUGACCACCCCCACCUACGGCGACCUCAACCACCUGGUGUCGGCCACCAUGAGCGGGGUGACCACCUGCCUGCGCUUCCCGGGCCAGCUGAACGCCGACCUGCGCAAGCUGGCCGUCAACAUGGUGCCCUUCCCGCGCCUGCACUUCUUCAUGCCCGGCUUCGCCCCGCUGACCAGCCGCGGCAGCCAGCAGUACCGGGCCCUGACGGUGCCCGAGCUGACCCAGCAGAUGUUCGACGCCAAGAACAUGAUGGCCGCCUGCGACCCCCGCCACGGCCGCUACCUGACCGUGGCCGCCAUCUUCCGCGGCCGCAUGUCCAUGAAGGAGGUGGACGAGCAGAUGCUCAACGUGCAGAACAAGAACAGCAGCUACUUCGUCGAGUGGAUCCCCAACAACGUCAAGACGGCCGUCUGCGACAUCCCGCCCCGCGGCCUGAAGAUGUCCGCCACCUUCAUCGGCAACAGCACGGCCAUCCAGGAGCUGUUCAAGCGCAUCUCGGAGCAGUUCACCGCCAUGUUCCGCCGCAAGGCCUUCCUGCACUGGUACACGGGGGAGGGCAUGGACGAGAUGGAGUUCACCGAGGCCGAGAGCAACAUGAACGACCUCGUCUCCGAGUACCAGCAGUACCAGGACGCCACGGCCGAGGAGGAGGGCGAGUUCGAGGAGGAGGCGGAAGAGGAGGUGGCCUGAACGCCGCCGCCGCCGCCGCCGCCGCUCUGUAAAUUAUGAUGUCGGAAAGCCGGACGAACUCUCUCUGUCCCUCUCUCUGUCCGAACCCGUCUUCCCGCCGCUCUCCCUCCCUCCUCUUUCUUUGUCUUCUCUCCCUCUCCUCCUCUCUCCCCCGUCCUCCGCACCUCCCGUCGUUUCCCGUUCUUUUACCAUCAAAGGCUGUACAGACAACACCACGAUUAAAGCGUUUUUUGUUUUUCAUA